AAUACGACAAAUACGAGUACAUCGUUACAUCCGCUAGAUUUUUCCUCGGCUUUGGUCUUAUCUGUUGAAUCUCUCGUCCUCACCGUUCUACGGAAAAAAUAUCGCCAUGCGUUCUUUUAAACUUGUAGAAGCAGCUAUUCUGCUGUUCUCCAGCGCCUCUUAUGCCCAGCUUGUCAAAGACAGCAGCCCCGUCUGGAGUGUGGUGAUUACCACACCCGAACAGACGGCAGGUUUCGCGCCUUGCAAGCCAAGUAACAAUGGCUAUUUCGUGAAUGGCGGCAUAGACAUAACAGUCUUUGAGGGGUUUUCCUCUAACAUCACCUGUUACAACGUCGCCGACCUAUUCACCGCCUCAGGCAAGACCCCGUUAAACGAAUGCUACCCUAGCAACUCGACGUGUGACGUCCACCUCCAAGGCCAUAGCAACUACAAUGCGACAGCCAGCUACUCGCGCGUCGGUUUCCAAACGGGCAUUGUGUCGGGCAAAGAAGGUUCAAAGCCUGACACCAACGUAAUGACGUUCCGGACGUUUGAGGGCGCAGACUGUGCGUCGGACCCCAGCCACGCCUGGCACCAGUGGAGCUGCGACACCUACAUAGGCGAUUGCUCGGUGCUGCCGUAUAGCGUGCGCAGUUUUAGCAUUUCUACGACGCCAGAGGUGAAUAAGACGGGGUGUUAUGUUGCGUCGGAGCGGGGAGAGAACAAGGUGCCGUAUGAAGAGAGUAUGGGAGCGAAAGCGGUGCCAGGUAGCGCUGUAGUUGCGCUGGCUGCUGCGCUCGGCGUUGCUUUGUUAGUGCAGAAGUAGAAGCAUCUCAUAUGGCGUCUUAACAGACCAGGAAUACCCUUGUCAUAGAGCUAGUUAUAUUUUAUAGAUGUGAAAAUCCUUGCAUCGGUGGCUUAAGCGUG